CAGGACAGACCCACAAAACUCAAAGGUCUAAAGGUGCUUGAAGACCAAGUUAAGCCCCGUUUCACAGAUUUCUUAGUCCCCAUCCCUCUAGCUUUCCAUCUUUUUCCAACCAUAUGCGACUCACAUUCCACCACCUGCAUCACAUAAUUUUUCUUUUUACAAAAAACAUGUGAACAGAACCGAGCAUGAAUAAUUACUCACCUCCUUUCCAUCUUUCUCUUAAAUAAUUAUAUAUAAGCAGUACUCAUGAUAUCAAUCCACCCUUCUUUUUCCCCCCCUUCAUAAUCACACUCGCUUGGCUGGGCCAUGAGUUGGAGCUCUAUAAGCCACACCGCUGCAUCCUGCAAAUUAAACUUUUGAGGGAUAAGAAAUUAAGAACGGGAAUAAACCCUGAUCAUGGGCACGGUUCGGAAACUUAUAGUGGAGGUUGUGGACGCUCGAGAUCUUCUCCCGAAAGAUGGGCACGGCACUUCCAGUCCAUAUGUGUUGGUGGACUUCUACGGCCAGCGGAAACGAAUCCCGACGGUGGCUCGUGACUUGAACCCGACCUGGAACGAAACGCUGUCGUUUAAUGUCGGUAAGCCUUCUGACAUUCUUGGUGACAUGCUUGAACUCGAUGUUCUCCAUGACAAGAAUUGCGGUCCCACCCGACGCAACAAUUUCCUGGGUCGAGUUCGACUAAGCUCUUCCCAGUUUGUGCGUAAAGGCGAGGAAGCCUUGAUUUACUACCAGUUGGAGAAGAAGAGCCUUUUCAGCUGGGUUCGAGGUGAAAUUGGGUUGAAAAUCUAUUACGUCGACGAGGAAAUUCCACAGCCGUCUCCGCCGGCACCAACACCAGCACCGCCAGAGGAAGCGAAGUCCGAGGCAGCACCAGCUCCAGAGGAAGUGAAGUCCAAUGCAAAACCAGCACCGGAGGUAGCGGAGGCAAAGCCAACAUCCGAAGCUGCAGCAGCGGAACCACAUAAGGUCGAAGAAUCUGAGGCGGAGGUGGCGGCGGCUCCACCUAAUGGAUCUCAACCGGAAAACGACAAGGCCACGGAAGAGCCAGCACCUGCGGAAGCUCCAACACCUGAAAAUGCAGCCCCUGUUGCUGAAAAGCCGGUUGAGCCUGAGCCGCCGCAACAGCCGACAGAAGAAGGUGCAGAUCAGGUGAAAGCUUCAUCACUGGAAACAUCUAGAACGAUGCCUGAAGUAAGGUUCAGUGGGCCCAACGCUCCACAAGGACCACAACCAAUUCGAAGGGCAGCAUCCACAGCGAGCUUCAUGUCAGACGUGUCGGAUACCAUGUCCAUGGAACGAUGCUCGUUUGAUCUGGUUGAGAAGAUGCACUACCUCUUCGUUCGCGUCGUGAAAGCACGAUACUUGCCCCCAAACUGUAACCCCUUCGUGAAGAUUGCAGUUUCCGGCCAUCACGUCACGUCCAAGCCCGCGCGCAAAACCACAUUAUUCGAAUGGGACCAAACGUUUGCAUUCGGCCGCGACUCCCCCGAAUCUGCUUCUCUCCUUGAAGUCUCCGUGUGGGACCCUCCCGCUUCAGGCCCCACCACAUUAGAAGAGGACUCUCGCAGUUUUCUGGGCGGGCUUUGCUUUGAGGUGUCGGAGAUCCCUCUCAGGGACCCGCCGGACAGCCCCCUGGCCCCACAGUGGUACAGAUUGGAAGGUGGCGGGGCCCGCUACGGGGAUCUCAUGCUUGCCACCUGGGUUGGCACUCAAGCUGACGAGGCAUUCCCUGACGCGUGGAAAACAGACACAGCAGGAAAUGUCCACUCUCGCGCCAAGAUCUACCAGUCCCCGAAGUUGUGGUACCUAAGGGCCACGGUGCUUGAAGCUCAGGACAUUCUGUCAUUAACAGCGUUGAAAGAGGCUUUCUUCCAGGUCAGAGCUCAACUCGGAUUUCAAGUGCUGAAGUCAAAAGUCUCCGUUACUCGUAACGGCAUUGCUUCAUGGGACGACGAUUUAAUCUUCGUCGCUGCAGAGCCUUUGAGUGACCAGCUCAUUUUCGCUCUUGAAAAUCGGCAACCUAAGGGGCCGAUAACAAUGGGUGUCCUGAGAAUACCUCUUACUACCAUUGAGAGAAGGGUAGAUGACCGUAACGUAGCAUCCCGUUGGUUCACUUUUGAGGAUGUCAGCAACGACAAGAGAGUUUACAAGGGCAGGAUCCACCUGCGUUUAUGCUUCGAUGGAGGAUAUCACGUGAUGGAUGAGUCCGCUCACGUGUGCAGUGAUUUCCGUCCCACGGCUAGGCAACUUUGGAAGCCACCAGUCGGCACAGUUGAACUAGGAAUCAUCAGUUGCAAGAACCUGGUGCCCAUGAAAACUGUGAACGGCAAAAGCUCCACCGAUGCGUAUUGUGUAGCCAAAUAUGGCAACAAGUGGGUACGUACGCGGACCGUAUCCGAUAGCUUGGAUCCCAAGUGGAACGAGCAGUACACGUGGAAGGUGUUCGAUCCCUGCACGGUUUUGACCAUCGGAGUCUUUGAUAGCUUUGGAGCAUACGAAGCAGAUUGUGGUGAAGAAGCUGCGAGGCCUGAUUUUCGCGUUGGAAAGGUGCGAAUCCGCAUAUCCACGUUGCAAACGGGUCGGGUGUACAGAAACACGUACCCGUUACUCGUGUUGACCAACGCAGGAACGAAGAAGAUGGGUGAAAUAGAGAUUGCCAUCCGGUUCGUUCGAACCACUCAGACGUUGGAUUUCCUUCAAGUAUACUCCCAGCCAAUGCUGCCAUUAAUGCACCACAUCAAGCCCUUAGGAUUGGCGCAACAAGAAAUGUUGAGAAACACGGCGGUGAAGAUCGUGGCGGGACACUUGUCGAGAUCAGAGCCGCCGUUGAGAAGAGAAGUAGUGCUUUACAUGCUGGACGCAGACUCUCACAACUUCAGCAUGCGGAAGGUGCGUGCCAAUUGGUACAGGAUCAUCAACGUGGUAGCAGGGUUCAUCGACAUCCUACGGUGGAUAGAAGAUACACGUGGGUGGAAGAAUCCAACGGCCACCAUUCUCGUACACGCAUUGCUGGUGAUGCUGGUGUGGUUUCCAGAUCUGAUAAUUCCGACGCUGGCAUUUUACGUAUUCGUAAUAGGCGCAUGGAACUACAGGUUCCGAUCGAGGGACCCACUUCCGCACUUUGAUCAGAAAAUGUCACUGGCGGAGGUGGCGGAUCGGGAGGAGCUGGAUGAGGAAUUCGAUACGGUGCCGAGCAGCAGAUCAGGAGAGAUGGUACGCGUGAGGUACGAUAAGUUGAGGAUGUUGGGGGCACGUGUGCAGACGGUAUUGGGGGAUAUAGCGGCGCAGGGUGAGAGAGUGCAGGCGUUGGUGACGUGGCGAGAUCCACGUGGGACGGGGAUAUUUGUAGGGAUGUGUUUGGUGGUGGCUUUAAUACUGUACUUGGUACCGUCCAAGAUGGUGGCAAUGGCUUUUGGGUUCUACUAUUUGAGGCACCCCGUCUUUCGUGAUAGGACGCCUUCGCCAGCUCUCAACUUCUUUAGAAGGCUUCCUUCAUUGUCAGAUCGAAUCAUGUAAAAUUUGGGUCUUCACCCACUUUUCUUUUUUUUUUUCCCCCAACACGAGUGAAUAUCUAUGAUUUUUACUUUUUUUUUA